AUGUCUUCAAUGCAGGGUAAAGUCUUUGCUGUCACGGGCGCCGCUUCUGGAAUCGGCUAUGCUGUUGCACUGCACCUUGCGAAGCUUGGAGCACGACUUUCGAUUACUGAUCGUUCCGAGGAGUCCCUUGAGAAAACCGCAAAGGAACUGGAGACACUCACUGGGACGGAUAAUAUCCUCAGCCGCGCAGCGAACAUCUGCGAUCGGACCGCUGUGGAACAGUGGGAGCCUAUAUGGAACGUUACUGAUGAUGACUGGGAAUUUGCGCAAAACGUCAACGUGCGAGGCGCCCUCAAUCUCGUCCGAGCUGAGCUGAAAUACAUGGUAGACGCAGUCUCCCGGAAAGAGAUUGAGACUGGAUCGAUAGUCCUUUUCGGGAGCAACUCUUCAGUUACUGGUGCUCCCAAUCUGUCUGCAUACACAACUAGCAAACACGCAGUUCUAGGUCUUAUGCGCUCAGCUGCGUUAGAUGCUGCACCCUAUAAUAUCCGUGUCAAUGCGGUUUGUCCUGGUCCGAUUGAUACACCCAUGUUACGAAACGCUGUUCCAGAAAGUGCGUUGGAAACACUUACGGGCUUCAUUCCUUUAAAACGGCUGGGCACUGCAAAAGAGGUGGCGGGAUUGGUUGCCUAUUUGCUGGAUGAACAUUCUGGAUUUUGCACAGGGGGUGUGCACAUAAUUGACGGGGUACAGUCGCGCGCAGGGCCUCGAUGCGUCUUCCACACCCCAGCCAAUCCCGACCUCGAGAAGCUCGUCUCCCCUAGUCUUCGUCGAGGCCGAGGCGCAAACGAUCCUGGAUCCGAUGAAGAAAGUCAAUCAAGUUCUGACGAAGAGGACGAAGAGCCCAUCGGACUCAGCAACAGCGGUGCCGGUGGCGGCGGUAGUUCUGCAGGAGGUCGUCCCAGCAAUGCGAACGUGGAUGACAGCAACUCCACAACAGCCUCAUCGGCAGGCGGCGAUUCUCAGCGCCCACCCUCAUUCAACUCCGGGAAGACGAGAAGACGAGUUGUCAAUUCGGAUUUGGAAGAAAGCUCUGAAUUGACGGCUCUCGGCAGCUCUAGUGCAGUGCUCGACUCCGUGUUUGGAUUACCGUCAGAUGUGUGGGAGAAACUGUUGAGUCCGACACGAGCAUGGCAUAAGAGGCGAUUUGAGAUUGGUAUCAAUGAUUUGGCAUUUGUGGGCUGGCCCGUUUUCGUGCGCGAGGAUGGAUAUUGGCGGAAGAAGAGUAAGAGGAGGAAAAGAAAGAAGUCAAGGGGUGACAAGGGGCACGACAAUAAAGAGUCGAGGAACGCAGAGGAAGUUGUUGAAUCUGAUCAUGGAACAAAGCGUGCAAGUGCGACUUCUGAUAAUGAUAGUACACUCGACGGCGUGACUUCCGGCGAAGGGGCAAAUGCAGACAUAGUUAGUCAAGAAGAGUAUGACGAUGAUGCCAAUGAACAAGACACUGGCAGCCCAGAAGCUGACAAGGAUACCAUGUCGAUGUUCAAUGUGGUGUUUGUCAUGUCUCCGCCAGUGCUUGAAUACUCGAUCCAUCUGAAGGAGAUGUACGAACAUGUCAUCAAAAAAUUUAGCAAGGCAUUAAAAUAUGAACAAGACCGCUCGGAUUAUGUGUGGAAAGAGGCGCAGCGUAUCUUGCAAAUAAAGGAACAGACACGAGAGCGAGGCAUCUCAGCAGAGUCUCUGCAUGACGAGCUUGUCUCGAAAUCCUCUCUCGCUGCAGCUAUACAUUCGGUUUUUGAUAAAAUAUCCAAGUCGGAUAUUGCUUUCGUAUCGCUCAAGUCGCGUUCAGCCGACUUCCAAAUACCCCCAACUACAUCUAUUGCGGAAUUGCCUUCGAGUAACGAAUCAUCGUUGGCAGGCAUGUGGCUUACGACAGCAAACAGCGUCACUACAGAGCAUAGCACCGGGAUGGAGGCGCCAAACCAAGUGUUGGCUAAAAAUUUUGCCUUGCUUCUCCUCGAAAGUGAGGCAAGUAUCCUGGAAGCGUUGAAAGGCAGCGAACUGGCCCCGGCGCUUUCACACUACAUUCGUUGCUCUCGGCCCAACAAGUCCUUUGCACAGAUCUCGGCGCUAUCGGGCAUUCCUCUAGACACGAUUCACGAUCUAGCGCAGCAUCUGGUCUACUGGAGGCGGGCUCGGGCCAUACCACCUUUGCACCAAAGGGACACAUAUACAGUGUCACCGAAUUGUGAUCUGAGCCAAUUGAAAAGAGCCACUCAGGCCUAUGCCACUGCGUUCCCGACUCUUCCUAGCUUGCCCAAGAUGUUGUCGGCACUGAGCGGCACUCCACGCCCGUACGCGACUUUCAUUCCAAGCAAGGAUCACAAGGAAACCUAUUUCUCAAUCCUGGCCUGGCUGUUGCGAGGUGGUUGGGUAACGCAGCUGCGAUCUUUCUCCAGAGUCAAGGUGACGCCGGAAAUCAAAUUUGCAGUGGAACGCAAAAUGCGAAAGGAACAGAUAGAGAAGUAUAUCGCGUCUGGAGGGCAGACAAGUUCGUCAUCGUCAUCGUCGGGGAAACCGCGCGCUGAUAAUCCCGGCGAUAAUGGUGAUGGCGAUGACGAUGACGAUUAUGAUGACCUUGCAAGCACUUCGUCCGGGAAUUUGGUGAAUCAUAGUCAAGCGACUGACGAGCAGGACACGCCAACUGGUCCCCGCGGUGGAUGGGACGAGGAUCAAUUCCACCUGACCGAUUCGUAUCUGGACAACAAUUCGCACCUAAACAUGUCAUCAAUGAUUUUGUUCCCACACCGAGCGUCUCCACUCGAGUCUCGAUGGCUUGACGAGAUCAUGUCUCGAUUCCCGGACCCAGCGGUUGUUGGACGAAGGAACAACAACAACAACAACACAAACGGACCAAACGAAGGCGAUGACUCGACAGCGACAGACUCUUUGCAAAAGCAUUGGCCCCAGUUUGUGAAAUACUUCAAUGGAAAUGACGCGCUCGAGAAGAUUGCUGUUUGCGAAGGAAUGAGGCGCAAGGCCGUGUGGCAGCUUCUGCAGCGGUUGGGAUUGAGUCAGUCUGCUGCCGGGUUCGAGUUGGAUCCUAGGGAACGGGUUCUAGUGACAGUGCGGCACUGGUAA